UAUCGUCUCCGAUCACCGGAAGCCAUUCAAUCUCUUCGACGGCCCGCCCCUCCCUCUCUCGAUCUUGCCCAAUUGUUUCCUUCUUCUUCCUCCCCGAAAAUUUUAUAUAUCCUGAGAUAAGGGUUUCGAAGGUCCUGAAUAAGGGUUGGGUUUCGAAAGAUCUCUAGGGAUCCAUUGAAAUCUCCGACGAUGUCGAGCUUCAGCGGCGACGAAACCGCCCCCUUCUUCGGAUUCCUCGGCGCUGCGGCCGCCCUUGUCUUCUCCUGCAUGGGGGCGGCGUACGGGACGGCGAAGAGCGGUGUGGGGGUGGCGUCCAUGGGGGUGAUGCGGCCAGAGCUGGUGAUGAAGUCGAUCGUGCCCGUGGUCAUGGCCGGAGUGCUCGGGAUCUACGGGUUGAUCAUAGCCGUGAUCAUUAGCACCGGUAUAAACCCUAAGGCCAAGUCGUAUUACCUCUUCGAUGGAUACGCUCAUCUUUCCUCCGGGCUGGCUUGUGGCCUUGCCGGGCUCUCUGCAGGCAUGGCUAUCGGGAUCGUUGGCGAUGCUGGAGUCAGGGCCAAUGCACAGCAGCCGAAACUUUUUGUGGGCAUGAUUCUCAUUCUCAUUUUUGCUGAAGCACUUGCCCUUUAUGGUCUCAUUGUUGGCAUCAUCCUCUCCUCUCGGGCUGGCCAGUCUCGGGCAGACUAAGAUACAAGCAGAUGACCAUAAAUGAUCCUGCAAGCCAUUGUAAUAAUUAUAUUGAAUGUGAUUCCAUUGUGAUUUGUAUUCCUAGAUGUUACCAAAGAUCUUUCUAUUUUGCGAUCUGACAUCUAUAUUAAAUUUAUUGAUUGCCAUGCAAGCGAACAGCCGCCUGAGUCUCAGUUGUUCGGCUGUUGUUCUGAGAUAUUGGGAAUGUUCAGUUUACAAUAAAUGGAUUCAAUGAUUCGGUCUGCAUGACUUGCCUUUCAA